AAUGGUGUUGUAGGAAAGAUAUUACAUGGGAGUUUAGUGAAAUUUUAAAACAGUUCAGGGGGGAUUUUUUUCACACUUUUGCUUUCUCUCUUUUUUUUUUUUUUUUCAAAAACUAAAGUGGGAUUUUAUAUUGAGUUUAGUGAAAUUUUAAAACGGUUCAGGGGGGAUUUUUUUCACACUUUUGCUUUUUCUUUUUCUUUUUUAUUUUUUAUUUUUUUAUUUUUAUUUAAAAAAAAAAAAAAAAACUAAAGUGGGAUUUUAUAUUUGUUUAUUUAAUUUUCUCCGUUACUCUCCAUUUUGGCGGUCUUUGCAGUCCUCUUUAUAUAUACUACGAUGAUAUUCAAUUUCUGUGUCUUCCUUCUGGAGCAAGCUAAAGAGGGGAUGGCGAAGAGUGAGACAUCAGGCGGCGACACCUCUCGGCCAUGGCAGUCUUACCACACCGCUUUCACAAACGCCAAAGCAGGGAUGGAUGGAGUUGAUAAGGAAAGAGUGCAGAGAGUAGUCUAUGAGAUGAGCAAAGGAUCAAAAUAUUUUGAGAAUGAGAAACGCAAGGAGGUUUUCAUAAAGCAGAAAAUAGAAAACAUGCAUGCUCGGUGUGCAAAGCUCACGGCAGCAGAUAUAUCUCAUUAUCAGGAGGUUGCUGAUAAGAGAAUUUUAGAGCUAGAAGUUACUCGUGAUUUGUCAAGGAUUUGGCUACACGUAGAUAUGGAUGCUUUCUAUGCAGCUGUUGAAACAUUAAGCAAUCCUUCGUUGAAGGGCAAACCAAUGGCUGUGGGUGGCAUGUCUAUGAUAUCCACUGCUAAUUAUGAGGCACGGAAAUUUGGGGUUCGUGCUGCAAUGCCUGGUUUCAUUGCACGUAAAUUAUGCCGAGAGUUGAUUUUUGUCCCCGUAGAUUUCAAGAAGUAUACUCAUUACAGUGAUUUAACUAGAAAAGUUUUCCAAAAAUAUGAUCCCAACUUCAUGGCGGCUAGUUUGGAUGAAGCAUACCUUGAUAUAACAAAGGUCUGCAAAGAAAGGGGCAUUACCGGUGGAGAGAUUGCUGAAGAACUCAGAACAAGUGUCUAUGAGGAGACUGGUCUAACAUGUAGUGCUGGAGUGGGGCCAAACCGCUUACUUGCUAAGGUUUGCUCAGAUAUAAACAAGCCAAAUGGCCAGUUUGUUUUACCAAAUGACCGGAUGGCUGUCAUGACAUUUAUAUCCUCACUUCCUAUAAGGAAGAUUGGGGGCAUUGGUAAGGUCACUGAACACGUGUUAAAGGAUGUUUUUGGAGUCACAACAUGUGAGGAGAUGCUGCAAAAGAGUAGUUUCCUCUGUGCACUGUUUUCUCGUUCUUCAUCAGAUUUUUUUCUCUCUGUGGGUCUGGGACUUGGGAGGACAGAUACUCCUCAAGUUAAGUUGCGGAAAAGUAUAAGCAGUGAGAGAACAUUUUCAGCCACUGAGGAUGAGAUAUUGCUAUAUCAGAAAUUAGUGGAUCUUGCUGAAAUGCUUUCCGCUGACAUGGAAAAAGAAGGCCUUUUUGGGCGAACAUUGACACUAAAACUGAAAACUGCAUCUUUUGAGGUCCGAACUCGAGCUGUGACUUUGGAAAAAUAUGUAUGCUCAAGCAAGGAUAUCUUGAAGUAUGCAUCUAAGUUGCUAAAGGCUGAACUUCCAGUAUGCUUAAGACUAAUUGGAUUGCGGAUGUCUCAAUUUAAUGAAGACAAGGAUGGUUCUCCAUCUGAUCCUACACAGAAAACUCUAUCCAAGUUCUUUAUAUCAGGAGAUACUUCUGGAAGAAAUAUGAGUGAUCACGUUUCCUUGGGCUCAGAUAUUAGUGACAACCACUUUAUGAUGGACACAGAAAAUGGUCUUUCUUCUGACCUUCAGGAGGCAUGUCAUGGUGAUUUUAGAGAUUCACUGGACAGCAAUCAAAUUUCAAGUUUUAAUCACGGUAACUGCUUGCUAGGCUGCGAUAGUUGUGACAUGGAGAAAAGUUAUGGACCUCUGAGCAACCAAUGUAAGGACAAGUCUGAGGGAAUUAGCCAAGAUCAAGUGAAGAAGAGGACCAACCUUUCUGAUGAAGCAGCAGCGUCUUCACUAAAUCAGAAAGAGCCAUUUCUAUGGGUGAAUGACUACAAGUGUUCACUAUGUGGGAUUGAACUGCCUCCCAGUUUUGUUGAGGAGAGGCAAGAACAUUCCGAUUUUCAUUUUGCCCAGAGGCUGCAGGAGGAGGAAUCGAGCAACAGUCCAAGCAAUCUUGCAUUGAAGCAGAGGUUUACCCAAAAACACCACAUUGCAAGUGGAAGUAGACGAAAGAAGCACAAGUCAUCUGAUGGUAACCAUCUUCCAAUUGAUGUGUUCUUUGCAAAAAGUAAUCAGAAUUUCUAGCAUCGCAUGCUUCUGCUCAACUUGUACAUAUAAUAGCAAAAAUUAGUUUGUUCAGUGUAUUUUAUUGUAAUCUUAACCUGAUGUACAGUAUUCAAAUUGUUGUAUCGUAAUUUAAACACUUGUAAUAAAGCUCUUGUUUUCAAUGAC